UUGUUCAGGCACACCCAAUAAACCAAGCCUACCUCAUUGUUGACAUCCCAUAUCCAAGGAGAUCAAUCUGUCCAAAGCAUGUCUAAGUACUCGGUGAGAUAGCCAUUGCAAGACCCUGCGGCUCACUAAAUCCCACCGUAGUGACCACACCCACAAAAUGGCCGACAUCGGGCUCAAGAUCCAGAUCCUUCACAAGUCCAUCUCUACGUUCAAGAGCUGGCUGGACAGCUGUGACCAGCUACUGGCUGACCUCCCCACAGAGCUGCAGACCUGCCAGUCCUCCAUGCUCAGGGAAUUGGCCCUCAAGUACAAGGACCUCCUCCUCCAGAUGAAGGAGCGUUGCUCGUACAUUCAAGAGGUCAACAACCUGUGUAUGGAGAUCGGAGAAGAGACGUCGGACAGUAAAGAUCGAAGUUCACCCGAGGUUCAAAGUUCACACAAUUCGGAGCUAGCUGACCUAGCAACUGAAGUGCGGGACCUAAACACUCGAUUCACCACUACCUGUAUACAGGCUAAGCAGCACUAUGCAGACCUGUCCAGUGCAAUCGCUGUGGCCGGGGGAGAUCGUCCCGUCUCCAGCCUGAGCAAGGCCAGUAAAUCUAGUAAAUCUAGUGCCAAAUUUCACAGGUCCAAGAGUGAAAGACGAAAGCACAGAAAAAGAACACAAAGCCUCUACAUUGAAGAAGAAGAGCAAAAGAGUGAGCCGACUACAACAGCUGAUAAGAUUGAGAUUGUCAAUCAGAAUCGAUCCCCUAAAGUACUGAAGAGGUCUAGAUCGUGGUCACUUCCGACAGAUCUAGAUGAUAUGAUAAAGAAGCAGUCGAACAGCGAAGACCCAGCGGGAAGCCAUGGAAACGGUCUGGGUGGUGGCUCUAAUAAUGGUCAACAGAAUCCUACAGUUGCCCACGGUAAACAGGAAACACCACAUUCGAGUGAGAAAACAAACUCUUCCUCAAGCCCUGGGGCUAUAAAAAGUCAAAGACCUGCACUAGAUCACUCUGAGUCUCUGGACAGUUCAAGACCAGCUACCUCAUCGUUUGUGCGUGACCUCGACAGUUUACGGGGGUCGAAAAGGUCGAGAAGGCCUAAAAGUGCAGUGUUUGUGAGCGGCGAUGAAGCUCAGUUUUGCUACCUUGACGAUCAAGGAUCACCUAUCGACCCAUCACUGAGUAACUCUCCUGUGCUCAAAGUAAGCCCCGGAUCUAACAAGGCUGCUACCAAGACAGCCACACCACUCGGAAAACCCGUCAUGCUCAAAUUUGAAGCAGCUCCGAGAACAAGAAGUCAAAGAUCAAGUGUCACAAGUAUUGGGAGCUUACCGCUGGCUGAAGAUUUUAAACUCCACCCACUUAUAGACAGUCGUAGAGGAUUGACCACCAAUCAAAAUACUAGUUUGCUGUCGGAUAGUGCAAGUCUUCUUGGGUCCAACUUCACAGAGAGUGUGUUGUGUGGCGGCGGUGGUGACCGUGUGGACAGUGGAGUCAGGCUGAGCAAGAGCAUGGAUGAACUUCUCACUAUAGCAACAGAUGAUGAACGGCACAAACAGCGAGACCUAUCCAGCAGACUCAGUGAUCUUUCGGUGCAGCUGCAAGAUUUCGUACACUCGAUAGCUGAGAGUCGCAAGUGUUCCCUCCAGUCAUUGGCCCUCGAGCUACACCUGGGGGAGGUCAAGGCCAUGUUGACAAUCCUAGAGGUACAGGAGACAGAGCUCAUUCGCCUGAGAGCCACCUUCUCCCCACUGGCCAAGAGACGACUAGAGGAGAUGGAGUCGCUCAAAACAAUCAGCAAUUCAUCCACAUACCCGAAAGAACAGGUGGCUGACAAGAGAGAGGAGAUCCUCAAGCUGAGUGAGAGGGUGGGAAUUUUGCGCCGACACUGUGCUGACGCUGUGCAGCAGUAUGAGGAGGUGUUGGAGCUCGUGGUACAGUACGAGAACCAGUUUAAAGUCCUCAAAGACUUCCUCGCCAGCCACGCCUCCAAUGUAGAGGCUAUAAAGAAAAGAAUGAAAGAUCAACCGGAUGAAACUUGGAGAGGGCUUAGUGAGGAGUUGACCACAGUCAGUGAGGAAAAGCCACAGCUUAAGUGUAUUCACGAGCUCUCCGUCCACCUCCUCUAUUUGGAGCCCAUAUUUGACGGCAACCAGGUCCGAGAGGAUCUCAAGGGGUUAACUGUGAAAUUCCAGCAGCUCACCCUCAAGAUAUUCAGUCUACUGGAGGAGCAGGCCAAGCAACGUGCGGAGGGCCUGCUGAUGGAGAGCAGUGUGAUGAGCUCCUGGAUCACUGAGGCAGGUCUCUCUGUGCAGGCUCUGGCUAAGAAGGCCAGGAAGACACUCACUCCCAAGACCAAGCUGGCAGCUACCAAAGAGACAAUCACUCAGGAACUCUACAAACACCAGUCAUCCCUCGAGGUAAUCUCCGACAAACUCCACCCAAUACUAGCCGUACUUAACUCCGAUGAAACUCCAAACCUGGACGAACUUGUACUUCAAGUAGAGACGAAUCGCAAGAGCCUAAAACAAAUUGAAAACAAUCUCCUGGAUAUAAACAUUGGCUUGUCACAAGACAAUUUAGCCAUUAGCCCUUCAGAGACUAAGCUACUGUCCCGAUCAAAAACAAUCAGUGAGGGUGUAAAAAAACUUCCUAACAUACACACUCGCUCGUUCAGUGAGGUUGGAGUUAACGAGCAACUUAAACAGUUUCAAGAGAGCAAGGAAAUCGAGCCUCCUGUAAAGGUCAAGGGUCAACGUGAGGGCCAUUAUGCCGAGAUUGGCAGUUUACGUGAGGAAAUUCUUAACAGACAGUUUUCAGUCGGUUCCAGUAAUGUUCCUCAGCCGAGUCUGAGGGAUGGAGUGCCGAAUUCAGCAGAGGUCGAAGGGCAAAGGUCAUCACUUUACGAGAGAGUGGAGCUGCCUUCACCACUUGUAGACUUUGACCACGCUCCAUCAAGACAACUGGACAAGGCCAUCGAGAUGCUCCCCCAGAUGUCACCCGCCCACUCACUCUCCCACACGCCCACACAUUCCACCUCAGCGUACUCCACCCCCUCACAUCGUCCCAAUGGAAAAGUGCAGGUGCAAUAUGUCGAAAUUGACCUUUCCCAGGAACAACACAUCACCCGUAACUCUGGCCAACCAAAAUCAUCCAGUGUCUCCAGCCUCGAUCGACUGCAAGGUCAAGGAUCACCAGACCCCACCUAUGCAGAGAUCGGUAAAAAAGACAAGAAGUUUGCUGACUACGCUGAAAUCAGCAAAUUUCGCAGGAGCGAAAAUAACUUUUCUAGUAGCCCAAAUUUGAAAAGCAAAACCACCCCCAAAUAUGCGGAGAUUGAAGUGAGAAAGUUGUCAGAACUAGCUAGUGAUGAUAAGUAUGCCGAGAUUGAGGUGCGGCCUGAACCAGUCGAGGCUUUCAGUGAGGAAAGGGUUAAAAAGAAAAUUGGAGGGAGGCUGCGAAAGAGGAAACUGUCGCUUCACGAGGAAUUGUUGGAGUUCAUCGGAGAAGAGUGGGCAGAUCUCUCACUCAAGAAGACCACUCACCAGGCUGCUUUGGACGAGGCUGCCCUUGACCAGUCACUAGGCAACAUAGCGAGUCUGGAGCUGCGGAACAUGUGUCAGAGGUUUGUACGAGGAGUACGUGAGGUGGAGGCCGGUGUUCAGGGGGUCAUGGAGCAAAUAUCAGUCCUCAAACCCCCCAACUCCCCUGACCUGGAGAGAGUGCACUCUGCUAUUGAUCAAUGUCAGAAACUGUUGGAUCGGCUGAACAAGCUCCACCCUAAAUUGGAUUCGUACAACAGCGACAGUCUUAAUCUGAUAAGUUCGUUGGGACGCUCCCCCUCGUGUGCCCGAGUGGCUCAGCUGAUCGAGAUAAGACUGUUUGAGCUAUCGACACUGUGGUACUCAGCUAACCUCAAGGCGUCCACCUACAUGCGAGAGCUUCGCUCCCAGGAGGGAGACAUCAACUACCUCUAUCGACAGCUGCAGCAGUUGUCCCGUGUCCUCAAAGAAGGCUCCACUCUACUCGCUCAGAAGGACACGGUUACUAAUGUGGAUGAUUACUUGACCAGCUGCAAGGCGAUGUAUGGGAAAUUGGGUGACCUUUCUGACCUCCGUAAGCAAGUAAGCAGUGAUAUCAAGGAGACGGUGUCACAGACAACACAAACUGCCAUCACCAAGGAGCUGGUCGAUCAGAUGAGAGAGGUCAGUACCCAGUGGAAGAGUGUUACUAAGCAACUCCAGAAGAUGCCCACAGUAGAGCAUCUGCUCAUUCAGCUCUCUCUGGCGAAUAUAUCUGCCGAGCUUGAAACAAUGGCGACGAUGUUUAGUGCGUUGGAGGUCAGAGCUCUGAGAGCAGAUGAAGCCGCCACCAACUGUGCCUCCUGCAAGACACAGCUGGAGAAAGCAAGACUACUGAGUUCCUCUCUGGCUUCUAUCAAGGCCAAGCUCUUAGUACCCAGUGGUAACCUAUCAAUAGAGAUCUCAUCACCAGGGCAACAGCAUAGGAACGGCCAAUCAGCAGAGAGCACUGAUACAGAUCAGGCAGCGCUAAGCGAACAGUCUGCAGAUAGUGCAGAGGUUGUUAAGGACAAGAGCAGUCCCAUGCUGUCACAGUGUGAGCAGCUGGUUGAGCGAGUCGGACGUAUUCUGACUAAGACUGAGAAGCUGUCUGCCCAGUUACAAGACGAGUCUGACCUGAUUGUCCAGUUUCAUAGCGAGCUCAACGACCUACAACUGUGGAUGUCUGACACACAGAGCAUGCUCUUGCUGUCGGUAGCUGAAGGGCCCACAUCUGUGUCACAGCUGCGUGGAAAACAUCAGGCUAUUUUCCAACAGAUUGUAACCCGACAACCCAAACUGAUCUCAGUCCAAUCACUGGCAGAGAAGCUUGUGACAUUGCCUAGCAACCAGAGUGAGAAACAGCUGAUUGAGAGUCUGCUGAGUGACGUCUGCACAAUGUGGGACAGCCUUUGCAAACAGAUUGUUCCAGCCGGAUCCCUCCCCCAAGUGAUGACCCCCAUGGCAGCGAGUGGGCGGAAGCUUCAGUUUGAGCCCACGGCAGAGUUUGACGACAUCCAUCAGAUGGUGGAUUGGCUCACAAUGCUCGACUUCAAACUGCAGCCCAAGCCCAUCGUCGUGGGAGACGUGAAACAGAUACGCAGAUGCCUACAGGACUUGCAGAUGAUAGCGUCUGAAGCUCUCUCCCGAGAACAGGACUACAACAGAUUCAUUGACGGAGAGUCUCUUCCUACCAGUAUACGCACCGACUCACUCCCUCCGCACUUUGACUCUGAGCUCUCAAGUAUGGCACGCUCUAUGCUUGGGGACACUACUCCAGACGGCAUCUAUCAGGUUCCUUCCAAGUUUGUGAAGUUCUAUGAUGAGAGCACCUUGGAGAGGCAUCAGAGAAGACAACAAAUCACAGUUCAGAAUACGGAUGAUGUGAACACUGUAGUUGAAACUGAUGGUGACAGCACUCCACUCGAAGACUCUCUCACCGAAUACAAUUCCGAAGGUCCUGCAGCAGGACAGUGGAAUGAAAUAGAGACCAAAUCACGCUCUGGAAUGGAACUGAGACUCGGCAGUCUGGAUUCAAGACGACAACCUCAUCGACAACUCUCAGAUGUGAGUCGAGACGAAGAAAUUUCACUGACAUCUCUCAGUUCCCAAUUGAACGAAGACAGUUAUCAGCUGUUCCUGCUGUGGAAGAGCAUAUGGGUGUCACUAGGGCAACAGAAGAAGAGGCUUGAGAGCACACUCGAAGUUUGGAAGAAUUUCGAAGUCAGGAAAGAAGAGUUUUGUAACUUUUUGUCCACUGCUGAGGAAGGAGUGGGAGGGUUCUUUAAGAGCUUGUCUGAGUGUAAGGACCUCACUGUGGUGCAGACUGUGAUCACUAAGCAACAGGCGCUCUACAAUGAGACUGCCACUUUUUCUCAGCGACUGGCCACACUCAACCACUUGUCAGAUGACCUUAUCACCAAUCGUCAUAGCUACGAUGACACCAGCGACCUUAAAGACAUGAUGGCUGACCUGAACAAGCGAUGGGGCACAGUGACAGAAAGUGUUUCCCAGCACCAAUCGACAGUGGCUGCCGUGGCAACGAGGUGGGCGGAGUUCUAUCGUGAGUACCAGUCAUUCCAAAAGUGGAUCAACAACUUGGACAUGGAUAUGUCCAACAUCAACCCCUUCAUCGGCAACUUGAGCUCCGUGAGGAUUCAGCUGGAGAAGAUGAAGGAGAUCCAGCAGGAGCUCCAUUCUCGUGAGGGUGGGGUGGAGAGUGUGCGGCUGUUAGCAUACCAGUUGUUGCAGGGGGUGGGUGGUUGCCAUAUCAACACUGCGGCAGUACACAAUCGCCUUGACAACCUAGGACGUAGAGUGAAACAGUUGGAGACACUUUCACAAGAGAGGCGCACCGACCUAGAGCUUGCACUGACAGAGAAGCAAGACUUCAUCUCCCACCUGGCGGACACUCUGACCUGGCUCUCACAGGCAGAGAAACACCUCUCCUCUCAGAAACCACUCGGCACUGACUUUGACACUGUGAACUCACAGUACCAGGCACAUCAAGGUUUCUGGAAGGAGGUGUUGGAGCAACAGCCCAAGAUCAGGUCCGUGAUAGCCUCGGGCAAUCGUCUGGCAAAUGAAUCCCAUUGGACGCAAGGAACGGGGGAACAUCUGCGGGCCCAGUUUGGAGGUGUGGCACCUCGGUGGGAGGGGUUGUGGUCUGAAGGGGAAGAUUGGGGACGACUGCUAGGAGGCGUGUACCCUGAGAUGGAGAUCUUUCAGUCUCUGUGCAGUGAGUGUGGACAGAAGCUCUCCAGCUGUGAGCUUAUCGUAGGCAAGUUGGAGCCUGUCUCACGCAAACUACAUCUGUUGGAUAAGCAAAUGGAUGAUCUCGAUAUUUUCGAGGCCAGCCUGGUUGCUAUUGGCAAGCAACUCGAAGCCAUAGUACUGUCACAGCGUAAACAGGUGCAGCUGGGCGUCAAGGUGAACUCUGACCUCUUCAAGUUGGUCAAAGGUUUCCAUCAUCACUGGAACCAACUGAAGCAGUGUGUGGAUCAGCGCAGAGUGGCCAUACAGAGUGCACAGAUACAGUACGACCCUGCCAACCUCAGCACCACAGAGCUGCCUCUUGGUUGGAAGAGAGCAAGCACUGAGAAUGGCACUCCUUACUUCAUCAACACGGCCAAGAGAGGCCACACCCAGUGGGAACAUCCUGACCUGGCGACCCUCUACUCCUCCCUCCAGACCCAGCACUCACUCUCCUCUUACCCCUCAACAUCCUAUCCCAUAGCACUCAAACUACGAGCACUUCAGCAGAAGACCCGACUUGCUCGUCUUCGUACCAAAAGCUGUGUCAAUGUCUACACUGCCCACACAUCUGAUCCCACACACAAAUCCUCUCCAACCAAUCACGAUCUCUCGUUUUACGACAUGACUGUCCUGGCCAUCGACUUGUUUCAAACUGUCGAGGAAGACAUUGAGAAAGGGGUGGGGCCUGUUGAUAGGGGCAACCAGUUUUACAUCAACAAGGCUGUGGAGAUGAGCACGUGCUGGAUUAGAGACAUAUAUGAUCUUGACCACCAGGGCAAGGUGGGCUGUGUGCCCAUGAUCCUGGCAGCUGUGUGUCUAUCCAAGGGAAAGCUUGAGGACAAGUACAAAGCUUUGUUCAAGGUGGCCACCAGAGGGGAGUCCAGUAUAGACUUGGAGGGGGUGACCACUUUCCUGGAGCAUGCCAUGAUGAUAGGACAGAGUGUCAGUGACUCUCCCUUCUGCUCACUGCACGCUGUCGACGUCUGUGCCAGAGAGUGCUUCAGGAAGUAUGUUGGAGUUGGUCGACUGCAUCUUCAACAAUUCAUCAGCUGGCUUCACUCCGAGCCGCCACCAUUGUCAUGGUUACCCAUCCUCCAUCGACUGGGAGCGUCCGAGCAUGCUCUACACGAUGUCAAGUGCAGCGUGUGCAAGAGUCAGUCCAUCACUGGGUUCAGGUAUCGCUGUGUCCAGUGUGCCAACUUCGAUAUGUGCCAGAACUGCUACUGGUCUGGAUUGUCUGGUAAAGGUCAUGACAGAACCAAGCACUUUAUGGAGGAGUACUGUAUGCCCAAACCAGCUGAUGAAGUGAAUUUCCUCAAAACUAUUCGUAAAAGUUUUCGUCUCAAGAAGAAAACUCAACUAGACCCCCCUCAGUCGGGUAAAGUAGGUGUGGCUGACCACGCCCAUACCGGUACCCCAAUGGAACGGCGGUGGACAACCUCUGGGAAGGGCUCUCCGUCUACUGGCAAGAGGCAAACUGCAUAUGUUUCUGUCAAUCUUGGUGCCCACACUCUGGGCCGGGAGCUCAAAGCAUCACUGCAUCCAGGGAGGAGGUUCACAGUGCUAGAAGACGUCCAAUCAUCUUGGAGAAUGAGUGACUCUACUGCUGCCGCUAGGCGUAACAAAAUGAGCAGUUUUUCCCCGCCACCCAGUACUUCCCCGUCCAAUACUGGCUGGAGGCGUGGCCACAAUAAACCACCCCCCACUCCCACCCGGACCAACAAUCUUGAAGAGUCACUGUCAAAGAUAUCGCAGACCUCAAAGAGUUUGUCCUUCCGACUGCGCAGCUUGAGGGAAAAGCAGACGUCCCCUGGAGCCAGGGAGGGGUCCCCUGAGCCUGAGGACACUCCCGACCGUGACGGGGGCCGUUCCCCCACCCCUGAGGAGGAACUGCGUAGGAGGAACGCCAUGUUACAGGGACGUGUACAGCUGCUGCAAGAGCACAACCUCAGACUGGAAAACUGUAUCUCUCAACUCAAGCUUAUAGACAGUCUACAGCAAUCUACUCGUCAUGGUAGUCUCCGCCCACUACCCUCACAGCCAAGACCACACCCCUCCACAGUUCGCCCACCCCCUCUGCCGUCUCGAACCAUCCAACCCGACAUAUAUGAUGUGCCUACCUCACACAGAAACGCCGAUACGUACGAUGUACCACCUGCUACUGGUGCAAUGUACGACUUACCGCCCAAUACUCCUGCUGACUAUGAAAUUCCUCCAAAUGGUGACGAGUUAUAUAGCGUUCCCACGGGAACAAGACGGACCAGCUCACCCGCUGAGUUAUAUAUGGUGCCAACAUCAAAUCCCAAAUUGAGUGCCUCUGAGUUAUAUAGCGUUCCUAUGGCAGCACAGAAGAAUACGAGUUCACCUGAUUUAUACAGCGUUCCCCCGUCAAGAGGAAAGCCAAACACAUCUGAACUGUAUAGUGUCCCGCCCUCCAGCAGAAAAACAAGCUCCCCAUCUGAUAUCUACGAUGUUCCCCCUCCCCAAAAAAUGACUAGAGACCUCCCUGCCAUUCCACCCCCCAUGGCAGUACUCAGUAGCAGUCAGAGGAACUGGAUUCAAUCGAAUUCUCAACAAGGGGUAUUGAAUUCAUCGAAUAGCACGAAGUUUCAGGGGGGUAUGGAAACGUACGAUAUCCCCCCACCUAGGCUGUUGAGUGCCCCACCGAAUCCUAAGAUCCCGCCCCCCAAACUCCCUCGUAGAACAAACACUGCUCCAGCUAGUGGAACUAGUAAGAGGAGUAGCAGCAUUAUCUAAGUUUUUUAUUUUCUAAAUUUUAUACCUUUUGUAUUGACCAUGUACCACUGACUGUUCCUUUCAGUUUUUCACUGUUG